UAUUCCCAACUCAUUUCCCCACCGUCCAUCGUGACUCGGGAGUAUGGCCACGCCAUUCUUUUCCUCGGGUUCAUCUCUUGGCGUGGGAAAACCCUAGCCCUUUUCACUCAUCCUCUUCGCCUUCCAAUGGCUUCUAACAACCACCAUCAUAAUCACAAAAACGACGAUAAUCACCUCAACGGCGACAGUUCCGUUUCUCACGUACCCAAAAAGCCCAAGCUUGGUUCCUUCAUUACUGACUCCGAAAUUCAAUCCGAAUUCGCUCAUCAUGACCCCGCCGUUGCUCGGAUUAACAACGGUAGCUUUGGUUGCUGCCCCGCUUCUGUGAUUGCCGCUCAGCAAAAAUGGCAGAUGAAGAAUCUCCGACAGCCGGACCAUUUCUACUUCAACGAGCUCAAGAAGGGGAUUCUUCAUUCCAGGACUGUUAUCAAGGAAAUUAUUAAUGCUGACCACGUCGAUGAGAUUUCUAUAGUUGAUAACGCCACCACGGCUGCUGCUAUCGUCCUUCAGCAGACUGCCUGGGCCUUUCAAGAAGGAAAAUUUCAAAAAGGGGACGCCGUUGUUAUGCUUCAUUACGCUUACGGUAGCGUCAAGAAGUCAAUGGAGGCCUAUGUUACGCGCGCCGGAGGUAAAGUUAUUGAGGUUCAGCUGCCUUUUCCUGUGAAUUCUAAUGAGGAAAUUAUCAGUGAAUUUAGGAGGGCGCUGGAGAGAGGAAAAACUGACGGUAGCAGGGUUAGGCUAGCUGUGAUUGAUCACGUCACUUCAAUGCCGAGUGUGGUUAUCCCUGUUAGGGAAUUGGUAAAGAUUUGUAGGGAAGAAGGCGUUGACCAAGUUUUCGUGGACGCAGCUCAUGCUAUUGGGUGUAUUGAUGUCGAUGUGAAAGAGAUCGGAGCAGACUUUUAUACCACCAAUUUGCACAAAUGGUUCUUUUGCCCGCCUUCCGUUGCCGUUUUGUACAAUCGGAAGUCGCCUAGCUGCUCUGAAUUGCAUCAUCCCGUGGUGUCCCAUGAGUAUGGUAAUGGGUUGGCCACUGAAAGUGCUUGGAUUGGCACAAGAGAUUAUAGUGCACAAUUGGUGGUUCCCGAAGUUUUGGAAUUUGUCAGUAGAUUUGAAGGCGGUAUUGAAGGAAUCAAGAAGAGGAAUCAUGAAGCUGUUGUGGAGAUGGGACGAAUGUUGGCCACGGCGUGGGGAACCCAUCUUGGUAGUCCUCCUGAUAUGUGUGCGAGCAUGGUUAUGGUAGGGUUACCAACUUGCUUGGGUAUAUCGAGCGAUUCUGAUGCACUGAACCUAAGAACACAUUUGAGGGAUGAUUUUGGCGUUGAAGUGCCUAUAUAUUACAGGCCAUCAAAAGAUGGGGAAAUUGGAUUAGUGACUGGAUAUGCCCGGAUUUCUUAUCAAGUUUACAACAAAGCUGAUGAUUAUUACAAGUUCAGGGAUGCAAUUAAUCAGCUUGUGCGCAAUAAGUUCACCUGUGCCCUUCUUUCUAAUUGAAGAGGUGUUCUCUGAACUCAUUUGGAUAAUACAU